AGAUUGAUCAUGGUGAAUUACAUAGUUUUACCCAUUACCCAUUUGAAAUGGGCAUGGAGUUUCUUGUUCCACCGCUUCUCCUUUGCAAGUUACACACUUGGCAUGCUGGAAAAUGGUGAGGAAGAACUCAGGAUAGGCCACUAUAAGGUUAAAUUAGGCUCUGAGGAAUCAGAAGAAGAAUGUGCUGUCUGUCUAUGCAAGAUUGAAGAAGGAGAGGAGAUAAGAUACUUGAGAUGCGAUCAUCUGUUUCACAAAGUUUGCUUAGAUAGAUGGGUUCAGUAUAAGCGAUCAACCUGUCCGCUGUGUCGUGAUUCUCUAGCUCCAUGUAGAGCUGUUGCUGAGCUGGGUCAAGAGGUGCUUGUGUUUAGGUUUUGCUCUUUCAGCUCCGGUGACCGGAAUAGUUGGUGGCUGCGCUAAGCCAUGGCCAUAUGCAUGUAGUACCCCAACGGUAAAGAGUUGGUGAGAACAGCAAAUUAUAUUUGGUGCUUCAAUGUGCCUGUCUGUGGGCAGUUUCUAGCCCUCAACUUGAACUAUUUUAGUAAUAUUCUGUAGAAAUAUGGUUGUAAGCUAGUUGAAAGUUUAAUUUGUAGCCGGAGACACAGCCGCUCAUAUUCAUACAGCAAAGCUAAAUUAGAAUUAUACAUGUCACCUGAUCGUUCCAGUGUUGAAUGUACCCAUUAGUACA